AUGAAUUUCUUCAAAAGUGGAUUACAAAGUGUGCUGGGCACCAGCGAAAAUCAAGAAACCAUGACAGGAGCUGAAACUGUCGAAAGAUUAGUUGAUCGUGUACAGUCAUCGACAAUGCUGGAAGAUAGACGAGAUGCGUGCCGUGCAUUAAAAGCACUUUCUAAGAAAUAUAGAGUAGAAGUUGGUGCUCAAGCGAUGUAUGCCUUAACACAAGUGAUUGAAAAUGACAGAACUGAUAAUGAAAUUGUUGGAUAUUGUUUGGAUGCUCUAUGUAAUAUAGUGUCACCGGAUCAGUUUGAAGAGGAAUCUGAGAAUCCACACAUUAGUGUAAAUAUUGGAGAACAAUUCACAGAAAUGUUCAUUAAACAUCCAGAUCAUAUAUCACUAAUCUUAAGUCAUCUCGAAGAAUACGAUUUUAGAGUCCGAUGGUCUGCUAUUAAGCUACUAACAUGCUUACUUGCCAAUAGAACGAAAGAAAUUCAAGAAGUUGUCUUAGUAAGUCCAAUGGCAAUUUCACGUUUAAUGGAUUUGCUUGUAGAUAGUCGAGAAAUUAUCCGUAAUGAUUCUCUCCUUUUAUUAAUUCAAUUAACAAAAGGAAAUGCGAACAUCCAGAAAAUUGUCGCAUUCGAAAAUGCAUUUGAUAAGCUAUUUGAUGUAAUUAACGAGGAAGGAUGUGCAGAUGGUGGAAUUGUCGUUGAAGAUUGUCUAAUUUUGAUGUUAAACUUGCUUAAAAAUAAUUCCAGUAAUCAGCAGUUCUUUAAGGAAGGAUCAUAUAUCCAACGUCUAUCACCAAUGUUAAUUCUUACUGAGGAAGCUGAAGAAGUUGGAAUGACACCACAAAAAGUAUCCAAUAUUCAUUGCAUGCUGCAGAUUAUUCGCGUGCUUGUAUCACCAAAUAAUUCCCAACAAAGCAUUGCUGCAUGCCAGAAAAUCAUGAGAAGUUGUGGAUUACUUGAGACACUAUGCAGAAUGUUAAUGAGUUCCGGAAUCCCACCAGAUAUACUAACAGAAUUAAUUAAUUCAACUGCCGAAAUCAUUCGAGGUGAUGGAAACAAUCAGGAAUAUUUUAAUCAAGUUUUGGCACCAAGUAAUCCACCAAAACCAGCCAUAGUGAUUCUAUUAAUGUCAAUGGUCAAUGAGAAACAACCACUUGUACUCCGAUGUGCUGUGCUUUACUGCUUCCAAUGCUAUUUAUAUCGUAAUGAAGUUGGACAAAAUGAUUUAAUUCAUACGUUACUUCCAAGUACGAAAGAGGUUCCUGCAACUCUAACAUCUGGUCAACUUUUGUGCGGUGGUCUUUUCAGUAUGGAUGCCAUUUCAAAUUGGUUUUCAGCAGUCUCACUAUCGCAUGCUCUAAUCGAGAAUCAAAAUCAAAAGGAACAGCUUUUAAGAAGUCUUGUUGCCACAUCGUCAAGCAGUCAACCAACUUCAUUACUUCAGCAAUGUUUUAAUUUGCUACAACAAGGACAAUUUAAGUAUCAAAGUAAAAUUGGCAUUUUAAUGUUCCUAAUUAUCUGGCUAUCAAAAUGUGAAAUGGCUGUUCGAUCAUUCCUUUCUAUUAAUGGAACAAUAAGUUUCUUGAUCGCACAAAUUACCGCAAAUGAGCACGACGAGAAUGAGUAUUUAAUUCAAGGAUUGUGUGCAUUCUUAAUGGGAAUUUGUAUACAAUUUAAUGAUAACGGUGUUGAGGGGAAUCGACGUGAUGAUUUGUGUCAAUUGCUGAUUAAAAGAAUAGGAAUUGAAACAUUUUCUGGAAAGUUGAAUGAAGUCAGCAAGCAUGAAAGCUACAGCAAGGCUGGGAAGCAGCCACAGAUAAGAAUUAAAUCUCCAGCUGAUUUGCUACUUGAUUAUGAGUUUUGUAAGCUGUUCAAGUCACUGGAACCGACAGUAAGCAAGCUGAUAACCAGCUUUACAAACGGAAAUGAAUCUGUGAACGAGCUAACAAUAAGUCAAGAAGCAUCAAGUCUAGUCGCCCAAUAUAAAAAUAUCAUUAGAGAGCAAGAUCAUAAAAUACAGACUUUGAACGAGCAAGUAAAGCAAUUGCAUCUUCAAAAUGAGUCUAUUUCGUCAAAAUUAACAGAAACUCAGACAUCGAUGAGUCAAAUUAAUGAUCAAAACAUAUUGCUAAGAGCUCAAUUAACAGCGGCAUCAUCGAGUGGCGUACAGAAUCAGCACAGCAACAUGAACGGAUUUUAUGAUCAGCACGCAACAAAGAUUCAUGAAUUAGAACAGCAAGUAGCAUCGCUAAGUCAUGAAAAGUCCCAUAAUGAGACGAAAAUACAAUUCUAUGAGGCAGAAAAUGCUCGUUUAUUAACUGAAAUUGAUCAAUUUGGUGCGACGAAAGAGAAUGAAAGUACGAACGAGAAGCUCAGAUGUGAAAUAAACGAGUUGAACUCGAAAGUUGAACAGAUGAGUAAGGAUCAAGAAGACUUAUUGGAAUUAUUAGCAGAUCAAGACUUGAAAAUUAAAGAAUAUAGAAAGCGGUUAAAAAAUCUCGGUCAGCAAGUUGAAGGAGAUGAUGAUGAAGAUGAUUAA